AUGGAUAACAACAACAACAACACAAACAAUGCAAAAGCAUUAAUACUUGUAGAUAUUCAAUAUGAUUUUAUGGAAGGAGGAUCAUUACAAGUGCCAAAUGCAUCUGAUAUAUUGGAACCAAUCAACAAACUAUUAGAGAACAACAACCAACUCUUUGAUCUAGUAGUACUAUCUCAAGAUUGGCAUCCUCAAAAUCAUAUAUCCUUUGCAUCGAAUCAUCCAGGUGCACAAUGUUUUGAAACUAUAGAUAUCCAACAACCACCACCACCGCCACCAAGAUCAACAACAACAACAACAACCAUUGGUAAAAAAGAUAUAACAAUGAAACAAAUAAUGUGGCCCAACCAUUGUGUUCAACAUAGCAAAGGUAGUGAAUUUCAUCAACAUCUAUUACGAUCGAGCAACAUCAAAGAAGUAAUAAUUAGAAAAGGAAUGAAUGUAAAUGUUGAUAGUUACUCUGCCUUUCAAGAUAAUGAUGAUCAAUACAAAACAGAAUUACACUCGACACUCGUUCAACACCAUGUAAAAGAUAUCUAUGUUUGUGGAUUAGCUACAGACUAUUGUGUAGGAUAUACUUGUCUUGAUGGAAAACAAUUGGGAUACAAUGUAUAUCUCUUGUCCGAUUGUACUCGAGGUGUAUCAGAUGAUAGUACAAAUGAAAUGUUGUCAAAACUUGAAAAUAAUGGAGUUUUGCUAAUAAAAUCUACCGAUCUUUAA